AUGGCUGCACGUUUGUUCAUGAAUGUAAAACAAGUGGGAAUGAUGAGCAAAGGCUAUGCAUGGAUUAUGACUGAUGGAAUAACAAACAUUGUGGACUCGUUUGAUCCUCAAGUCAUAGAUUCAAUGCAAGGUGCUCUUGGAGUGAAGCUCCAUGUUCCAAGAACAAAGGAGCUCAACGAGUUCAGUUUUAGAUGGAAGAGAAGGUAUCAGAAGGAGUACCCAAAUGAAGAGCAAGCUGAGCUUAGUGUCUUUGGUUUAUGGGCAUAUGAUACAGUGUUUGCACUAGCAAUGGCAGUAGAGAAAGCAAGUGGAUCAAAUGGAGAUGUCCUAAAAUAUAUUCAAGAGGAGAAGUUCAAUGGAAUGAGUGGAGAGUUCCAUUUUGUUGACCGCCAGUUGAAGUUAUCCACUCUCCAAGUGGUGAACAUAGUUGGAAGAGGAGGGAGAGGUGUUGGGUUUUGGAAACCAGAGAAUGGGCUCAUUACAAGUACUAGCUCAAGCUCCAAUAAUAAUGGUGGCCUGAAUCCUGUGAUAUGGCCUGGUGAAUCUACUGAAGUUCCAAAAGGUUGGGAGAUUCCGGUGAGUGGCAAGAAGUUGAGAAUUGGAGUUCCAGUGAAGGAUGGAUUCUUUGAGUUUGUGAAGGUUGAGCACAAUCCUGUCACCAAUGGAAGCAUUGUCACUGGUUUUUGCAUUGAUGUUUUUGAUACUGUGAUGCAGAGCUUGCCUUAUGCCGUCUCUUAUGAGUACAUUCCCUUUGAAGAUAGCAAAGGUGACAGUGCAGGCACGUACAAUGAGCUAACUUACCAAGUUUAUCUUCAGAAAUUCGAUGCCAUUGCCGGAGAUGUGACGAUCAUUGCUAACCGAUCACAGUUUGUGGACUUUACGUUACCUUAUACUGAAUCAGGAGUUGUGAUGAUUGUUCCUAUUGAAGAAGAUGAGAGAAUGAAUGCGUGGAUCUUCUUGAAACCAUUGAGUUUAGAUCUCUGGUUAGGAAGUUUGGGCUUCUUCUUCCUUACGGCCUUAGUCGUUUGGCUUAUCGAGCAUCGAGACAAUGAGAAGUUCAAGGGGGAGAAGGUGCAGAGCAACUUGACAAGGUUUCUGAUGAUCAUAUGGUUGUUUGUAGUGUUGAUAUUGACACAAAGCUACACGGCGAGCUUGACAUCAAUGCUGACAGUGCAGCAGCUAGAACCGACGGUCACUGAAGUCGAACAACUCAUUAGAAAGGGUGAUUUCGUAGGGUAUCACAAAGGAUCAUUUGUGAAGGAGAAGCUAAUAAAUGAACUUCACUUUGAUAAAUCCAAGCUUGUGCCUUUAGGAAGGCCUGAUGAUUAUGCUGAAGCUCUAUCUAAAGGAAGCAGUAACAAUGGUGUCUCUGCUGUGUUUCAUGAAAUCCCAUAUUUGAAACUCUUCCUUGCUAAACAUUGCAAGAAUUUCAUGAUGGUUGGACCAACAUACAAGACUGCAGGAUUUGGAUUUGUUUUCCCGAAGGGAUCGCCAUUGGUUCCUGACGUAUCGCGAGCAAUCCUAAACAUAACACAAGGUAGUAAAAUGGUGGGAAUUGAGAAGAAAUGGAUUGGAUAUGAGGACAAAUGCCAAGAACAAGACAGUCUUUUGAGUUCUCACCGUCUGAAUUUCAGAAGCUUUGAAGGAUUGUUUCUUAUCACUGGUCUCACUUCCAUUAUUUCUGCUCUUAUAUACUUACUUUGGCUUGGUCUUGAGAAAUUUAAUAUUCCAGUUCUGGUUAAAGCCAUGGUUUCCAAAUACUUCAAGAAGAUAGAGACCAAAGCUCUUAUUUUCAAGAGAAGAACAGCCCCAGUUUGUCCAGGAAGUCCCACAAGCAUGGAUGCCAAUUCUUCAGUUAUAAUUACUUCUUUUUCACAGAGUCCCGGUUCACCAUCUUCUAUUGAAGAAUACAUCAUUGAAACUGAUAAGGAUGAUUGAGCUGAGAUCCCAUGCUAUUAUCUUGCAACCAAGAGUUUUAUUUUUUAUCAUUAAUUAUUUUAUAUCUUGCACCUUGCUUUUCAU